CAGCAAUUGCCAAGUUGGAAACUUUUCUCCCGCCACACAAAAAGAUUUCCAUCCGUCGCCGUUUUCUUCUUCUAUCUUCUUCCUCUAUCCGUUGAUUCGACUCCACUUUCCCAUUCCUCUUUUCUUCGACAACUUUUCGGGAAAUCGGACUGAGUUGCCUUGAAGAUUACGCAGGGUAAUUCAAGCGAUGGCUUCGAUGAUAACCUCGCAAGCCCUAAAAUUAACUGAAUUAAAAUCUUCGCCUUUGCACCCUGUUUCUCCGUCAUCUCACGGCCAAGUAUUCUCGCCGCCCCUUUCUUCAGUUUCCGUUAAUCCCGGUAAUCGGCUUCUUCGCCCUCUCAGGCACAGAACUGCAAAUCGCCCGUAUUUCGCAGUCCAAGCAUCAUCGGUCUCCGGCUUUGAUGGAAACAUUGGCGACUUGCUGGGUGACGUUAGCAUCUUCACCGCCUCUGGUCAGGCCGUAAAGUUUCAGGACCUCUGGGAUCAAAAUGAGGGAUUAGCAGUUGUUGCCCUUUUGAGACAUUUUGGAUGUCCUUGCUGCUGGGAACUUGCUUCGGUGCUAAAAGAAUCUAAAGAGAUAUUCGACUCUUCUGGUGUCAAGUUAAUUGCUGUUGGUGUGGGUGCUCCCAACAAAGCUCGCAUUCUUGCUGAGAGGUUGCCGUUUCCUAUGGAUUGCCUGUAUGCUGAUCCUGAUCGUAAGGCAUAUGACGUCUUAGGAUUGUAUUAUGGUUUUGGUCGGACAUUUUUCAAUCCUGCAAGUGCUAAAGUUUUCUCGAGGUAUGAAACGCUGAGAAAUGCCGUAAAGAACUACACAAUUGAAGCCACUCCGGACGAUAGAAGUGGUGUCUUGCAACAGGUUGAAACGUAUCCUUUUGUGCACUAUUAAAACUCUUGAAAUCUGCCUUUUAUUGAAUUUACAAGUUUUCGUUCUGAAAAUCUCUAUUACUAGGGAGGGAUGUUUGUCUUCAAGGGAAAAGAACUCCUGUAUGCUAGGAAGGAUGAAGGGACCGGUGAUCAUGCUUCUUUAGAUGACAUUAUCAAUGUCUGCUGCAAAGUCCCAGCCUAAGGGGAACAAAAUCACAUCUAAUAUGAAGGUUAGGCGCUUUGUCCUUCUCACUAAAAAAGAUGGAUCUUUGAGCUGGAACGACUAUGAUAAACCUUGUAGACCAAUACUUCUCGUUUAUAUAUAUAUAUAUAUAUAUAUAUAUAUAUAUAUAUAUAUAUAUAUAUUUUGAAAUGUAUAAUACUCGUUUGUAGACCAAUAUACAGUUCAUGAAACCUAAGAAUUGAAGUGUAUGAUUAAAAAAAAAAAUGUAAGCACAAAAAUGUUGUUGGGGGAAAAAAAAAAGAAAGGAGAAAAGUUAAACUUGAGUUCAAUCUAAACUUAAGCAUCAUCCAUUCUUCAAUCAACUAAGUUGUCCGCUACCCAUCUAAUCUGACUUACGCAUCUAAUCAAAUCUAGGAAAUGCAGCCAACAAGCACUAAAAUCUUUGUGACCAUAGUUUCUAUGGAAAACAAUUCGUCACAGUUGUCGAAGAUAUCGUUGCAAGGAAGGUGUUUCAUCAUCGUAUGACUGCAUUGCAUCGGAGAGAUGACAAAAAUAAAGUUAAUAUUUAAACAAAUAAAAAAAAAUUAAUGUAGUUAAAUAUAUAGAUACCGGUCCUAGUAGGGAUUGGAUUUCUUCGUGCGAAUCAUCAUAACGACGUUCAUUGUCGUUGUUUGAAUAACUUGGUACUGAUCCCGCACUAAAAAUCUGCAAAUUUCGUUUGAAUGUGUCUGAAUGAUCUCGCAUGUUGGUCAUCAAAGGAUUAGUGAUUGUAGUAUUAUUACUCCAUAGAUUGCUAGCUGAACUUCUAAGGUCAUUUAUAAUGCCCAAAUUUCUCCUUCCAUAAUCUGCUGAGCAAACAAUAAAUGGUUAAUUAAGCUACAUUAUCUGAUUACAUAAAACAAACUCGAGUCUUAUUAUGGCACGAAAAUAGUAAAAAAUAUUAAAUUACCUGGCAAACAACAACUUGGAAAUGAUCCAAUCUGCCAAGUAGGUUGAGAUGGAAAAAUGCUUGAGCUUUGAUUUGGGAAAUUUUCAAUGAGUCGGUAUUCAUUCCCGCCGAUGUUAGAAACACAUGGUUGUGAUACAACGUUUGAUGGUUGACUGUGACGCUGAUACACGUCUGGAAAGGGUGGGAGAAGAUUUUGGUUGUGUCGUUGAAGGUGGUUUUGGUGAAGGUGGCUAAUGUGUGAAAAAGUUGGAGUAUAUUGGAAAGAAUGGUUUGUAUGGGAAUUGUAGCCAUCGUUUCCCAUUGCCAUGCUCUCCCGCGGUAAUGAUAUUUCCUUUGCUUUACUUUGCUUCUUUAGAUUCUUCCUAUAUUUCUGCGAUGUUGGUGCAAAAAGUUUAACUGCCAUGUACAAUGAUAAUAGAGUAUGGACAACAUUUAAUGUAUGCUCUAAAUACUUUUUUUCUCCUUUCGUCAUGAAAUAAUUGUUUAGUUUGAAAUUUUUAUUUAAUAAUAAUAAUUUAGAAUCAAAGUUAAAAAAAAAAUACAUAGAACUCACUUGGAGAUGACUUGCUACGUUUACUCGAGUCAACUGAGGCUCAUUCAUGAGUUUGCGAAUAUUCUCUGGACCUACUACAACUGCGAAACCACCCCCCAAAAAAAAAAAUUAAUAAUAAAUAAAUAAAAUGUAUCAACGGAAUCAAGUUUUGAGAUCACUAGGGAAUUUUCCACUUAAACUGCAAGAG